GCAGUUUCUGGGCGGCGAGCAUGGCAGGAACCGUGGUGGUGGACGAUUUGGAGCAGCGGGAGGCGCAGAGAGACUAUCUGGACUUCUUGGAUGACGAGGAAGACCAGGGAAUUUAUCAGAGCAAAGUUCGGGAGCUCAUCAGUGACAACCAGUACCGUUUGAUUGUCAAUGUGAAUGACCUGCGCAGGAAAAAUGAAAAGAGGGCUAACAGGCUCCUGAACAAUGCCUUUGAGGAACUGGUUGCUUUCCAGGGAGCCUUAAAGGAAUUUGUGGCCUCCCUUGAUGCUACCUAUGCUAAGCAGUAUGAGGAGUUCUACAUAGGAUUAGAGGGUAGUUUUGGCUCCAAGCACGUCUCUCCACGAACUCUUACCUCUUGCUUCCUCAGCUGUGUAGUCUGUGUGGAGGGCAUUGUCACUAAAUGCUCUCUGGUUCGUCCUAAGGUUGUCCGCAGUGUCCACUACUGUCCUGCUACCAAGAAGACGAUAGAGCGACGGUACUCUGAUCUCACUACCCUGGUGGCCUUUCCCUCGAGCUCUGUCUAUCCUACCAAGGAUGAAGAAAACAACCCCCUUGAGACAGAAUAUGGUCUUUCUGUCUACAAGGAUCACCAGACCAUCACUAUCCAGGAAAUGCCAGAGAAGGCUCCAGCUGGCCAGCUUCCCCGCUCUGUGGACGUCAUUCUGGAUGAUGACUUGGUGGAUAAAGUAAAACCUGGUGACAGAGUGCAGGUGGUGGGGACCUACCGUUGCUUGCCUGGCAAGAAGGGAGGCUAUACCUCGGGGACCUUCAGGACUGUCCUGAUUGCCUGUAAUGUGAAGCAAAUGAGCAAGGACAUUCAGCCUUCAUUCUCUGCUGAGGAUAUUGCCAAAAUCAAGAAGUUCAGUAAAACCCGUUCCAAGGAUAUCUUUGACCAGCUGGCCAGGUCGUUGGCCCCUAGUAUCCAUGGGCACGAUUAUGUCAAGAAAGCAAUUCUUUGUUUACUCUUGGGAGGUGUGGAACGAGACCUUGAAAAUGGCAGCCACAUCCGUGGAGACAUCAAUAUUCUUCUAAUAGGAGAUCCAUCUGUUGCCAAGUCUCAGCUACUGCGGUAUGUGCUUUGCACUGCGCCCCGGGCAAUCCCUACUACUGGCCGGGGCUCCUCUGGAGUGGGUCUGACGGCUGCUGUCACCACAGAUCAGGAAACAGGGGAACGCCGUCUGGAAGCAGGCGCCAUGGUCCUGGCUGACCGAGGUGUGGUUUGCAUCGAUGAAUUUGACAAGAUGUCUGACAUGGACCGCACGGCUAUCCACGAAGUCAUGGAGCAGGGCCGAGUCACCAUCGCCAAGGCUGGCAUCCAUGCUCGGCUGAAUGCCCGCUGCAGUGUCUUGGCAGCUGCCAACCCUGUCUAUGGCAGGUAUGAUCAGUACAAGACUCCUAUGGAGAACAUUGGGCUGCAGGACUCUCUGCUGUCUCGAUUUGACUUACUCUUCAUCAUGCUGGAUCAGAUGGAUCCAGAGCAGGAUCGGGAGAUCUCGGACCACGUCCUGAGGAUGCACCGCUACAGGGCACCCGGAGAGCAGGAUGGCGAUGCCAUGCCUUUGGGUAGUGCAGUGGAUGUCCUGGCCACAGAUGAUCCCAAUUUUGACCAGGAAGACCAGCAGGACACCCAGAUUUAUGACAAACAUGACAACCUUCUACAUGGGAACAAGAAGAAAAAGGAGAAGAUGGUGAGUGCAGCUUUCAUGCGGAAGUACAUCCAUGUGGCCAAAAUCAUCAAGCCCAUCCUGACGCAGGAGUCAGCUGCCUACAUCGCGGAAGAGUACUCGCGCCUGCGCAGCCAGGACAGCAUGAGCUCAGACACCGCCCGGACAUCUCCAGUGACAGCCCGGACAUUGGAAACUUUGAUUCGAUUGGCCACUGCCCACGCCAAGGCCCGCAUGAGCAAGACCGUGGACCUGCAGGAUGCAGAGGAGGCAGUGGAGUUGGUCCAGUAUGCUUAUUUCAAGAAGGUUCUAGAGAAAGAAAAGAAACGUAAGAAGCGAGAUGAGGAUGAAUCAGAGACAGAAGAAGAAGAGGAGGAGAAAAGCCAGGAGGAACAACAAGAGCAGAGAAAGAAAAGGAGGAAGACUCGACACUCCGAUGACAAGGAUGGAGACCCCUAUGACCCCUACGACUUCAGUGACACUGAGAAGGAAAUGCCUCAAGUGCACACGCCAAAGCCAGCAGAUUCCCAGGAGACCAAGGAAUCCCAGGAGGUGGAGUUGAGUGAGUCCAGGUUGAAGGCAUUCAAGGCGGCCCUGUUAGAAGUGUUCCGGGAAGCUCAUGCCCAGUCUGUGGGCAUGAAUCUCCUCACAGCAUCCAUCAACCAGGACAAAGAAGAGCCUUUCUCUUCAGCAGAGAUCCAGGCUGCACUGAGCAGGAUGCAGGAUGACAACCAGGUCAUGGUGUCUGAAGGCAUCAUCUUCCUCAUCUGAGGAUCUCUGGGGUUCUGCCGAGAAGUUUCCCGCAUGUUUCUGCUCCCACCACCACGACCCCCUUGCUUUCAUUGGCCGGAUAACAAGUGUUUAAUUGAACUGAAGUUGAAUCAUGAGGAAGCUGAAUCAGAAGUUGGCUGAAGUUUUGGCAUUGGGUAAUGAAAGCUGCCAUGAGGUAGAAAGAGAACAUGGAGAAGGACUAAGACUGGCAUUUUCAGCAAAAGACUGGACCACUUGUCACCCAGAAUCAUCAAACCAUUGUUUUUGCUAUAAAAAACAUAGAAUGUCUGAGUAUCCUUUUUUUUUCUUUUUUGCACAGCUGCUUUCUGUAUUUGCUACCUGUUUUUGUUCUCUGCUCUUUGGCCUAAAGCAAGCAAGCACUGUGGGGUUGAUACUGCUGGAGAGAAGCUCUGCAGCUGGUCAUGAAGGCUGAGGAAGCUUGCUUUUGCAGCAGCACCAGUUAAGACUUAUAAGUACUUUUGACCUAACUAUCCCAGACAUUGA